AGGUUUCCAUGAAGAUAAGCAACUGAAAUGUGGAUAGCCUAGUUGUAGCUUGGUGGCAGUAGUCAUCUGGAAGCUGCUGGUGAGCCAUUGGCUGCUGAGAGCCAUGAAGGUGGUCCCAGAGAAGAACGCUGUCCGCAUCCUGUGGGGCAGGGAACGGGGCACCCAGGCACUGGGUGCUCAACGCCUCCUCCAGGAGCUGGUGGAGGAUAAAACCCGGUGGAUGAAAUGGGAGGGCAAGAAAGUUGAGUUACCAGACAGUCCACGCUCCACCUUCUUGCUGGCGUUUAGUCCAGACAGGACCCUGAUGGCUUCCACACACGUGAACCACAACAUCUACAUCACAGAGGUGAAAACGGGCAAGUGUGUUCACUCCCUGGUCGGGCACCGCCGCACUCCCUGGUGUGUCACCUUCCACCCCACCAUCCCGGGCCUCAUUGCUUCAGGAUGCCUGGAUGGGGAGGUUAGAAUCUGGGAUUUACACGGUGGAAGUGAGAGCUGGUUCACAGACAGCAACAAUGCCAUUGCAUCCCUUGCUUUUCACCCCACGGCUCAGCUCCUGCUGAUUGCCACUGCCAAUGAGAUCCACUUCUGGGACUGGAGUCGUCGGGAGCCUUUUGCAGUGGUGAAGACAGCUAGUGAAAUGGAGCGGGUCAGGCUGGUACGGUUUGAUCCCUUGGGACACUACUUGCUCACAGCAAUUGUUAACCCUUCUAACCAGCAGAGCGACGAGGAGGUGGAGAUCUCGGUGGACAGCGCGGAGCUGCCGCACUACCGGCAGCGCGCCAUCCUCCCCUCGCAGCCCGUCCGGCGCACGCCCCUCCUCCACAACUUCCUGCACAUGUUGUCCUCCCGCUCCUCCGGCAUACAGGUGGGAGAGCAAAACAGUGUUCAAGACUCUGCUACCCCAUCCCCUCCACCGCCUCCACCACCACCACCUCCGCCUCCAGCCAGUGAGAACACAAGGGCAUCUGUCUAUAACAGGCUCCGGGAGCGUGUCAGCUACCCCACAGCAGAGUGCUGCCAGCACCUGGGGAUGUUGUGCCUUUGCAGCCGAUGCUCUAGUGCAAGACUUCCUUCUUCUCUCUUCCCACACCAGGAAAACGCACCCUCUACGUCUUCGGGGGCCACUGGCACUUCCUUCUCCUCUGUGCAGACAGAGCCUUAUCAACCCCCAGAGCAGGCAUCCGUAGUGCAGGAGGAGCAGGGGAUACUUAACAGGCCCUCUGCUUUCAGCACAGUUCAGAGCAGCGCCGCUGGCAACACCCUGCGCAACCUUAGCCUGGGCCCCACGCGGCGGGCCCUCAGCGGGCCCUUGGCAGGCCACCAGUCCCGGUACCAACAGUCUGCAAGAGAGAUGGCUUCGGGCUUAGGUGGGUCUGACUGGUCCAGGACAGUGCUGAACAUGAGCUCUCGGUCAGAGCUGGAAGCCAUGCCUCCCCCUAGGACCAGUGCCUCCUCCGUGAGCUUGCUCUCGGUGCUGAGACAGCAGGAGGGAGGUUCCCAGGCGUCGGUCUAUACCUCUGCAACAGAAGGGAGGGGCUUUCUGGCCCCGGGGGCUGAGGCGGACGGUGGGGCUGGUGCUGGCCCCAGCAGUGCGGCCAGCGUCCGUAACGAGCUCCACUGUGAUUUGAGGCGCUUCUUCCUGGAAUAUGACCGGCUUCAGGAGUUAGAUCAGGGCCUUGGUGGGGAGCCCGGCCAGUCGCAACAGGCUCAAGAAAUGCUCAACAACAACAUUGAGCCUGAUCGGCCUGGUCCCUCCCAUCAGCAGACUCCACACAGCAGUGAAAACAGUUCCAAUUUGUCCCGGGGUCACCUGAACAGCUGUCGCGCUUGUCAUAACCUGCUGACCUUUAACAAUGACACGCUACGCUGGGAAAGAAGCACGCCUAGCUACACCCCAGGGCAGGUCCAAAGCACGUUUGAGGGUGUGCCUCCAAAUACCAGCCAGGUGCAGCCUGCAGAGAGAACCGAGGGCAGAGCUCCUGCCUCUAGCAGGCUGCAGCUGGGCAGCUCUUCCACCCCGCAGGAGGAGAGGACCGUGGGAGUGGUCUUUAACCAGGAGACGGGGCACUGGGAAAGAUUUUACAGCCAGUCGGCUUCAAGCAGACCUGGGAAUGUAUCACAGGAGGCCUUAAACCAGGAAAUGCCUGAGGAGAGCUCAGAGGAGGAUUCACUCAGGAGGAGGUUGCUUGAGUCUUCCCUCAUUUCCUUAUCUCGCUACGAUGGAGCAGGGUCCAGGGAACAUCCCAUCUACCCAGAUCCAGCCAGGUUGUCUCCUGCUGCCUACUAUGCUCAGAGGAUGAUCCAGUACCUCUCCCGGAGGGACAGCAUUCGGCAGCGCUCCAUGCGCUACCAGCAAAACCGGCUCCGCUCCUCCUCCUCCUCUUCCACUUCAGAGAACUCCAGCCCAUCUGUAGAAGGAAACGAUCUGGAAUUUGAAGAUUUUGAGUAA